CGAUCGAGGCGGUCGGUCCGAUUACGGACUUCUCCAUCGUCAAACCCGAGCCCCAUGCUGGAGGCCUCCGGUCCGCUGGUGAUUCAGUUUGUGGUGAACCAGCGUUGGAAUCAGAGGCCUCGCUUCCCGGACAAACCCCUCCCUCCUCGGAGCAACUAGUCAACCUAAGCCAUCCGGUGUUACAUCACUCGAUCCAGACCAGCCAUUAUCAUGGAGCAGAAAUUCAACGAGUCGGCGGAAAAGGUGAAAACCUUCACUAAGCGACCGACCGAUGCCGAGCUGCUCGAGCUGUAUGCGCUCUUCAAACAGGCCACGGUCGGCGAUAACGAAACCGAAAAGCCGGGAAUGUUCGAUCUGAAGGGAAAGGCCAAAUGGCAAGCGUGGGUUGAUCGCAAGGGUACCUCCAAGGAUGCCGCAAUGGAGGCCUACGUAAAGCUAGUCGAGGAGCUGACGGCGAAAUAUCUGUAACGCACCGGAAGCGACGGGUUUUGGAGUGGGUUUUAAGAUUUUUUCUGUGAGAGGAUAAUUCGAAAUCAGACAGGAAUUGGGAUCCUUUGGGGCAUGAAUUGUUGCUAGAAUUAUCUGUGUUUUUUGUUCUAUUUGUUUAAGACAAAAUAUACUUUUAAAGUAAA